GUCCAGAGCUUUCUAAAAGCAAGAUAAGACUGACUACUGUUGUAUUCCAAAGGCAAUAGAAGGUAAACAGAACCUCUACAAGUCUUAGCCAGAAGGAAGAAUGCUUACAAGGUGGUGAAAACAUUCUCAAAAACAAUUUCAUAUCAAUACAAUCUGAUGCUUUUAUUAGUCAUAACAUCCAAUUUUCUAUCAAAGCUUACCAAGUGAGAUAAGAGGGACAACAUGUUGGAGCAUACCAAAUUAAGAUAACAAAAGUGAGAUAAUUCUACUCAGAAUUCAUUUACAAUCAAACUAAAAUUUGGCACAUGAAUAGUACACAGGAAGCCUAGUGCUACUUUUAAAGUUUAAAUUCCAGUUCCUGUAGCACAUCUGUUAUAGUCAGUAAAAUUCCAAAGAUGUUCAUCUUUAUGUUGUUGUUGCUGUGUUUAAUAGUUACCAUUGAUGAAGGAGAAGGAUCUUAUUGUAUGGCUAGUACUGGGUAUAAACAUGAACCAUCACUGUUUAUAAGGACAUGCUGUAACAGCAGUAACUUAGGACAGGCUUUUUCAAUCAAAGAAACUGGUAUAACACAAUAUAUUUUCUGUCCUAAUAAAUACCUAAAAUCUUGUCCAAAAGAUACCAAAGAUUGUAAGAGCUUGUUUGAGGAUGGUAAUACUACAAGUGGUGUUUAUACUGUCAAUCCUGAUGGAGGGACUCCAUUUGAAGUAUACUGUGAUAUGGAGACUGAUGGUGGUGGAUGGACUGUAUUUCAGAGGAGACAAGAUGGAUCUGUUGAUUUCUAUAGGAACUGGACUGACUAUGAGAAUGGAUUUGGUGACCUUACUGGUGAGUUUUGGUUAGGAUUGAGCAAGAUUCAUCGUCUUACUAAAGAAGGAUCAAACACACUAAGAGUGGACCUGGGAGACUUUGAUAAUAGCACAGCUUAUGCUAACUACUCUACAUUCAGUGUUAGUGAUGGUAGUACUGAAUAUAUACUAGCAGUAGGAGGAUACUCUGGUACUGCUGGGGAUAGUAUGAACUAUCAAAAUGGAAGGAGAUUCAGCACAAGAGAUAAUGAUAAUGAUGAAAGGCCAGAAGGUAAUUGUGCUCAAUGGUACACUGGUGCUUGGUGGUAUAAUGGCUGCUAUAGAUCAAAUCUUAAUGGUCGUUAUUUUAAUACUUCAACUAAUAAUCAAGAAGGAAUCAUUUGGUUCACUUGGAAAAAUGUGCACAAUAGUCUCAAGUUCACAGAGAUAAAAACUCGUCAUAACAAUUAAAUA